UCUGUGCUCCCAAAGUAGAUGACUGCUCCAAAUCUGGUGUCUGUAUUACUGACUGCGAGAUACGAGAAAAAUUUGGUUCGCACAAUAUCAUCCCAAGUCAGGACGAGGUUUUUCGAUUGUGGGAUAGAAUGCCGGCGAUCAUAAGUAAAAACUCCGAUUUGGAGUUUGACUCCUUACAACCGUGUUUCUACCCGGAUGAUAACGACUUCUACUUCUGUGGUCCCGACUCUGCGCCACCGGGGGAGGACAUCUGGAAGAAAUUCGAGUUGUUGCCCACGCCGCCCCUCUCCCCGAGCCGAGCCGCGCUACCGGGGGAGCCGGCGACCGCCUCCCCGGAAGCGGACCCUCUGGGCUUCGGCUUAGGGGACCCUCUGGACUGGGCGUCCGAGCUGCUGCUCCUGCCAGAGGAUGAUAUCUGGGGGGCGUCCGACGAUGGGGACCUUUUUGGCUCCGCUUUGGAUACUAACCCCAACAGCAUCAUUAUCCAGGACUGUAUGUGGAGUGGCUUCUCGGCCAGGGAAAAGCUGGAGCGGGUGGUCACGGAGAAACUCGGCAAGGCUAUUUCCACGGCCACGGCAGGCGGCAGGAACGUGUGCGUCAAGGCGCCGGAGGUGGUGAGCCGCAGCUCGGUGUCAGAGUGUGUGGACCCCACGGUCGUGUUCCCCUUCCCGGUCAACAAGAAGAACGGCAGCAGAGACUCGUCCGGGAGCGUUAGCACAUCCGCAUCUCACGGGAGCGCUUCCAGUGACUCCGAAGAGGAAGAUGACGAUGAAGCAGAGGAGGACGAGGAGGACGAGGAGGACGAGGACGAGGAGGAAGAGGAGGAGGAGAUUGACGUGGUUACGGUAGAGAAGAGGCGCUCCACAAUCAACAAGGCGUCACCCAUGGCGACGGGCACUGUCACCAUCUCUGUGCAUCCCAAGAGUCAAGACGCAAGAGGGAUUGUCUCGGGGUCUGGCGUGGUGAGUCGGUUCGUCAGCCGAGCACCUCAAGAGCUGAUCCUGAAGCGGAGCUCAGUCCACCAGCAGCAGCACAACUACGCAGCCCCCUCACCGUACGCGUCAGACGACGAUCCGGCGCCGCCUCCGAAGAAGCAAAAGACGUCAGACGCCCCGCGACCUCCCGCCAGAACCAUCUCUUCAUCCUCCUCAUCUUCCUCCACAUCCUGUAGCUCCGUCACCAGCACGUCAGGGGCACGCAGCAAGCGCAGCGCGAGCGGAGACAGCAGCCCACGCGGCAGCUCCGACUCAGAGGACAGUGAGCGCCGGCGUAACCACAACAUCCUGGAGCGCCAGCGCCGCAACGACCUGCGCUCCAGCUUCCUGACGCUGCGCGACCACGUGCCAGAGCUGGCGCACAAUGAGAAGGCCGCGAAGGUGCUGAUCCUGAAAAAGGCCACCGAGUACGUGAGCUCUCUGGAAACGGAGGAGAUGAGGCUCCAGCAUGAGAAGGACAGACUCCAGGCCCGCAGGCAGCAGCUGAUGCGCAGGCUGGAGCAGGCAAGGACUCGCUAACAGACAACUGCUACAACACAGAAACACUCACAUAUACCCUGGAUGACCCCCUCCUGUCUCAACUCAGUCUGUCUGAAACAACACACACAAACACACACACACACACACACACACACACACACAUAGGCCUUUACACUUCAGCACAGACACAUAGGCCUGCAUAUCUGUUGUACAUGUGCGCACACAAAACACAAUAUCUCAGAGGACGUUUAUCUUCAGAUGCCGACACAC